ACCCGCGGCGCGCGGCGACAUGGCGGGCAGCCACCGCCUCCUGCUGGAGAACGCGCAGCAAGUGGUGAUGGUAUGCGCCCGCGGCGAGCGCUUCCUGGCGGGGGACGCGCCGCGCAGCCUGGCCGUGCUGGAGGGCGCCAGCCUGGUGGUGGGCACGGAUGGGUUUAUAAAAGCCAUUGGUCCUGCUGAUGCUAUCCAAACACUGUUUUCUGAAGAAACAUUUGAAGAAAGAAUUGACUGUUCUGGGAAAUGCAUCUUGCCGGGUUUGGUGGAUGCACACACACAUCCAGUAUGGGCUGGUGAAAGAGUUCACGAGUUUGCAAUGAAGUUGGCAGGAGCCACGUACAUGGAUAUUCAUCAGGCUGGAGGAGGCAUCAACUUCACCGUGGAGCACACGCGCCAAGCGUCGGAGGAGGAGCUCUUCUGCUCAUUCCAGCAGCGGCUGCAGUGCAUGAUGAGGGCGGGGACCACGCUGGUGGAGUGCAAGAGCGGAUAUGGCCUCAACCUGGAGACCGAGCUCAAGAUGCUGCGUGUGAUUGAGCGCGCUCGGCGCCAGGGGCCCAUCGGCAUCUCAGCCACUUAUUGCGGGGCUCACUCGGUGCCAAAAGGAAAGACCGCUACAGAAGCUGCUGACGAAAUCAUCAAUAACCACCUCCCAAAGCUGAAGGAACUUGGCAGCCGUGGGGAAAUACACGUGGACAACAUAGAUGUAUUCUGUGAGAAAGGCGUCUUUGAUCUCAAUUCCACCAGAAGGAUUCUUCAAAGUGGAAAAGAUCUAGGAUUACAGAUUAACUUCCAUGGGGAUGAACUCCAUCCUAUGAAGGCUGCUGAGCUCGGGGCUGAGCUGGGAGCCCGGGCCAUCAGUCACCUGGAAGAAGUGAGCGAUGAAGGCAUCGCUGCCAUGGCAACGGCGGGGACCUCCGCCAUCCUUCUGCCCACCACGGCCUACAUGCUGAGAACACAAGGGGUUGGAUAUCUUAAGUCUGCUUCCAUUCCGAGCAUCUGGUCUGCAGAAGUUCCACUUUCAGAGACUGACAUCUUUUUUUACUUCCCUCGUCUUAGACUGAAGCAACCUCGGGCUAGGAAGAUGUUAGAUGAAGGUGUAAUAGUUGCUCUGGGCAGUGAUUUCAACCCUAACGCAUAUUGCUUUUCAAUGCCACUGGUCAUGCAUCUGGCCUGUGUGAACAUGAGAAUGUCCAUGCCCGAGGCCUUGGCGGCCGCCACCAUCAAUGCAGCUUACGCCCUGGGAAAAUCUCACACACACGGAUCUCUGGAAGUUGGUAAACAGGGAGAUCUCAUUAUCAUCAAUUCGUCCAGGUGGGAGCAUUUGAUUUACCAGUUUGGAGGCCAUCAUGAAUUAAUUGAAUAUGUUAUAGCUAAAGGAAAAGUCAUCUACAGAAAAUGAAAGCUUGGAAAGGAAAGAGAAGCCUCUUCAACUAUAUAAGAAAAUGCAGUUGUCGUAAAAGUUAAAAUGCCACCAUAAUUUACCAGAGUGAUGCCACUUAGAUACAUUUCAGUGCUUUGUUAAUCCACUUGAAAAAAACCAAGAGAGAAAUCUAUUUUCUUUCAACAUGUGCACCUGGACAUAUAAAUAGGUAAAUCAUUUAGAUCAUAAUCUCAGGACAUUAACUCAUUUCACAGAGAUUUGUUACAAACAUUUUGAAGAUUAAUGUGAUGGAGUAUCACCAAAAUGCCUUUGUGGGGAAAGCAGAUUGGCAGUUAGGUAGACAUGUCUUGGAAAUCGCAUUUUAUUUCUGCUUUUCAAGCUUCAGUUUUUAAACUACAUUUAGUGAAAACUGCGGGAUAGUGAGAAAUCCAAGCGCUAUGCCCCAAGUGAAGCAAGCGUAGCCUUCUAACAGGCUAGUCCUUUUCCCACAGAGUUCCUCUUUACAGGUGUUCUUUGAAUGAAUCAGUGUCUCCGAUGGGAGGGUGUCCUAUUUCUAAUUUCUUCUCAACUCUAACAACAGAGCUUCACAGCAGAUUUCAACGCUUGUCAAUUUAUACAUGGGUACCGGGGCCUUCCUCAAAAGGAUGCAUUUUUGACCAAAUCCAUUAAUGUGAUUUUUAAAAGUCAUUUUUAAGUUUUUGAUUGUUCACAUUAUAAAUGUAUAACAAAAUUUUCUUUAUCUCUCAAUAAAUAUUUGUUGUCAUUAUUGUUGU